UGUAAUUUGUUUUUUAACAAAGAGUAAAAGGUGCAUCGAUAAAAAUAUGGGUGGAAUGACGCAAAGGCCGUGGACACCGACGAAGAGACGAGGUCCCAUCGCUGCAGAAUAUAGUAGUCCUGGUCCUGCUUGCGUAACUCUGCCACCAUUAAUCGGAAAAACUGUUCCCGACUCCAAACGAGGCAGGGCACCCGCCUUUUCUUUUGGCAGCAGGCACGCUGCGAAGAUGGAUAGUCCUGGGCCAGGACCAGGUCAAUACAACGUUUCCGGACUUAGCGCAAAAGGUGAGAUUAUUUUUAAAACAAGUCAUAGUAUAAUCACGGAUUUUAUGCAUUUAGUUCAUUUGUCAUUU